CAGGCGGCGAAACCACUGAGCUAAAUCCCCGGCCCCAACAGUCUGUUUUUUCUUGUAAACCCCUGAGAUGGGAAAAGCUAAACUGAGAAACCUCGGGAGGAUGGAGCAUCCCGAAGAUCAGCCAGGGACAGUCCCAGAGCCCCGAGCUGUGACUCUGUUUAUGCUCAGUGUCUCCUGCUGGGUCAUCUACAGGAGACCGCACACCUCCAGGGCCCCCGUUGGGGCUGCUGGCUGGGCUCAGGACGGGGCUGGGGCCCAGGCGAGGUGGCCAUCGAGGAGGCGGGCACUUCGGAGCGGGAAGCCAGGGGCCCUCGGUGAACAAAGACUGGGUGGGAGGCGGAGGCGGCCUGUUCCUCCCCACCCCGCCCCCCAGCGCCUGCUGAGCCGAGACUACAGACAUCGAGGCAGGGGCGGAGGAGCAUGGCUGGGCCCCGCGCGGCGCGGCUGUCCCCGCUGCUGCAACUCGGCAGCCUGGCGCUGGUAGCGGGCAGGGCCCCCGAAGGCCCUCUGCUGUCCCCAACCCCGCCUGGACGUCUGCGUGUAGGGAGCUUGCAGUCCACCUGCCCUCCCCCGCCAGCCCCCUUUCCUAACUCAGGAGAGCAGGAUGAGGUGAGGUCCCCUGCGUUUAGAGGACAGAAGCAGCACUCGACCUCCGGUGGAUUCUUGUGCCCUUCAGGUGAAGCUAUCCUCAGGGAGACUCCCAGGCUUGCUGAUAUCCAUGGCUACCAGCAGCAGGCACCUGCCCACUCCUCAGUCACCUGCCCACUCCCUGUUGGGAGCCCCCAGAAACAGUGGCACCCCUUGGAGGAACGGCUGGGGUGGCUGGAGGCUGAGGUGCCCAAGCUCAGAGAGCAGAAUGAGGACCUGCAGGCCAGAGUGAGGCGGCUGGAGUCCUGUGAAUGCCGCCCUGCCUCUGUCCAGUGCUGGGGGCUUGGGCGCGCCUGGCCUGAGGGGUCUUGCUGGGAGCCCAAUGCCUGCACAGCCUGCAUCUGCCAGGACGGGGCAGCACGCUGUGGCCCUCGGCCUGAGCUGCCCCACUGCCAACGCUGCAGCCACAAUGGUCAGGUCUGUGGUAAUGGGGAGACGUUCUCCCCAGACACCUGCACCUCCUGCCUCUGCCUGGCAGGGACCGUGCAGUGCCAGGGGCCCUCAUGCUCUGAGCUCAACUGUCUGGAGAGCUACACCCCACCCAGGGAGUGCUGCCCCAUCUGCCGGCCAGGCUGUGAGUAUGAGGGGCGGCUUCACGAAGAGGGGGCCAGCUUCCUGUCCAUCUCCAACCCUUGUCUCCAGUGCUCCUGCCUGAGGAGCCUGGUUCGCUGUGUGCCCAUGAAGUGCCCACCCAGUCCCUGCCCCGAGCCAGUUCUGAGGCCUGGAGACUGCUGCCCAGCCUGCCAAGCCCCCAGCUGCACAGAAGGUGGCACUCACAGGGGCCAUGGCCAAGAGUGGACUGCAUCCAGGGACCCCUGCCAGAUCUGCCGAUGCCUGGAGGGCCACAUCCAGUGCCACCAGGGGGAAUGCGCCAGCCUGUGCCCAUACCCUGCCCGGCCCCUCCUGGGCACCUGCGGCCCAGUGUGCGAUGGCUGUUUCCUAAAUGGGGGAGAGCACUGCAGCGGGGAGCCUGUGGGCUUUGGAGACCCCUGCUCGAGCUGCCGCUGUGCUAAUGGGAGUGUCCAGUGUGAGCCUCUGCCCUGCCCACCUGUGUCCUGCAGACACCCAGGCCGGGUCCCUGGGCAGUGCUGCCCCGUCUGCAAUGGCUGUGAAUACCAGGGACAGCAGUAUCAGAGCCAGGAGACCUUCAGCCUCCAGGAGAGUGGUCUGGUCCGCUGCUCCUGCCAGGCUGGUGAUGUCUCCUGUGAGGACCAGGAGUGCCCAGUUGCCCCCUGUGCCCUGUCUGGCUCUGGCUCAAGGUUUUGCCCAGCCUGUGUGCUCAAUGGAGAGGAGUUUGCUGAAGGGGUCCAGUGGGAGCCUGAUGGCCAGCCCUGCACUGCCUGCUCCUGCCAAGAUGAGGUGCCUGUCUGUGGGGCUGUGCUCUGCUCCCCACCCUCCUGCCAGCACCCCACCCAGCCCCCGGUGAGUGCCUGCUGCCCCGGCUGUGAGAGCUGCACCUACCAUGGCCACGUGUACGCCAAUGGGCAGAACUUCACAGACCUGGACAAGCCUUGCCAUGCCUGCCACUGUGAGGAUGGGACUGUGAGGUGUUCCGUGGUCAACUGCCUUCCCACUACCUGUGCCAGGCCCCAGAAUCAACUCGGUCAGUGCUGGCCCAGGUGUCCAGACUGCAUCCUGGAGCAACAGGUGUUUACGGAUGGCCAGCGCUUCUCCUACCCCAGAGACCCCUGCCAAGAGUGCCACUGUCAGGAAGGCCACACUCGCUGCCAGCCUCGCGCCUGCCCCUGGGCUCCCUGUGCCCACCCACUGCCCGGGACCUGCUGCCAGAGCCACUGCAGCGGCUGCGCCUUUGGCGGUAAAGAGUACCCCAGUGGAGCCGACUUCCCCCACCCCACCGACCCCUGCCGCCUCUGUCGCUGUCUGAGCGGCAACGUGCAGUGCCUGGCUCGCCACUGCCCGCCGUUGCCCUGUCCCGAGCCGGUGCUGCCGCCAGGAGGCUGCUGCCCGCAGUGCCCGGGUAGGAGCCGCUCCGCGCCGAGCCUCCCCCAUGCCUCUGACCCGCUCUCCCCCGCAGCCCUCCCCGCCCCCUCCGGCUGCCUGCUGCCAGGGGGCACCGUCCCUGUCCGCCACGAGGAGCACUUUUCCCCACCCGGCGACCCCUGCAGCCGCUGCCACUGCCUCAACGGCUCGGUGUCCUGACGGCGGCUGCCCUGCGCACCCGCGCCCUGCGCCCCGCGCCAGGGGCGCUGCUGCGGCUCCUUCGACGGCUGCCUGUUCCAGGGGAAGGAGUUCGCCAGCGGGGAGCGUUUCCCGUCGCCUAGCGCCGCGUGCCACGAGUGCCUCUGCUGGGAGGGCAGGGUCACCUGCGAGCCCAGGGCUCGUGCCCCUGCACAGUGCCCCUUCCCCAGGGGCGACUGCUGCCCUGCCUGUGACGGCUGUGAAUACCUGGGUGAGGCCUAUCUGAGCAGCCAGGACUUCCUGGAUCCCCAAGAACCCUGCAACCUGUGCCCCUGUCUCGGAGGCUUUGUGACCUGCAGCCGCCGUCCCUGUGAGCCUGCAGGCUGCAGCCACCCCCUCACCCCACCGGGGUACUGCUGCUCCAUCUGCCAGGGAUACUUCUACCAUGGGGUCACUGCUGCCCCUGGAGAGACCUUUCCUGACCAACUUGACCCCACCUGCUCCCUCUGCACCUGCCAGGAAGGCUCUGUGCGCUGCCAGAGGAGACCAUGCCUCCUGGCUCCCUGCCUGCCCUUCUCUCCAGGACCUUGCUUCUGCCCUGUUUGCCACAGCUGCCUCUUUAAGGGCCGGAAGCACCAGGAUGGGGAGGAUUUUGAGGGGCCUGCAGGCAGCUGUGAGCAGUGUCGCUGUCAGGCUGGCCAGGUCAGCUGUGUGCGGCUGCAGUGCCCACCCCUGCCAUGCCUGCUCCAGGUCACAGAGCCGGGGAGCUGCUGCCCUCCAUGCAGAGGCUGCCUGGCUUACGGGGAGGAGCACCCUGAAGGCAGUAGCUGGGUGCCUCCUGACAGCCUUUGCUCCUCCUGCAUGUGUCAUGAGGGCAUUGUCACCUGUGCCCACAUCCAGUAUGUCAGCUCUUGUGCCCAGCCCCUCCAGGGGCCCAGUGACUGCUGCCCUCGAUGCUCUGGCUGUGAGCAUGAGGGCCAGAAAUAUGAGGCUGGUGAGAGCUUCCAGCCUGGGGCAGACCCCUGUGAAGUGUGCAUCUGUGAGCUGAAGCCUGAGGGGCCUCCUGGCCUUCGCUGUCAUCGGCAGCAGUGUCCCAGUCUGGUGGGGUGCCCACCCAGUCAACUCCUGCCCCCUGGGCCCCAACACUGCUGCCCUACCUGUGCCCAAGAGCUGAGCAACUGCACAGAGGGCCUCCUGGGGUCCGAGCUGGCCCCACCAGGCCCCUGCUACACCUGCCAGUGCCAGGAUCUGACGCGGCUCUGCAUUCACCGGGGCUGUCCUGAGCUCAGCUGUCCCCGGUUGGAGCACUACACACCACCUGGGAGCUGUUGCCCUGUGUGUCAGGACUCUAGACAGUCAUGAGAGCUCCAGGGCCGGCAGGCGGCCUCCGGGGAGCACUGGGCCAUAGAUGCCUGCACCAGCUGCUCCUGCGUGGCUGGCACUGUGCACUGCCAAAGCCAGCGCUGCCCGCCACUGUCGUGCAGCCCAAACAAGGCCCCUGCCCUGAGUCCCAGCAGCUGCUGCCCCCGCUGCCUGCCCCGGCCCGCUUCCUGAAUGGCCUUCGGAGACCCCCAUUACCGCACCUUCGAUGGCCGCCUGCUGCACUUCCAGGGCAGCUGCAGCUACAUGCUGGUCAAGGACUGUGGGGGGGGGGCCUCUCUUGCCUACAGUGUGCACAUCACCAAUGACGACCGGGGCCGGAGUGGCGUGGCCUGGACCCAGGAGGUGGCAGUGCUGUUGGGAGACAUGGCAGUACAGCUGCUGCAGGGUGGGACUGUCAUGGUGGACGGGCACCUAGUGGCCUUGCCCUUCCUGCAGGAGCUGCUGCUGUACCUGGAGCUUCGGGGCCAAACUGUGAUCUUACAUGCCUGGCCUGGGCUUCAGGUGCUAUGGGACGGGCAGUCCCAGGUGGAGGUGAGGGUACCUGGCUCCUACUGGGGCCAGACCUGUGGGCUCUGCGGCAGCUUCAAUGGCUUUGCCCAGGAUGAUCUGCAGGGUCCUGAUGGGCUGCUCCUGCCCACAGAAGCUGCCUUUGGGAAUAGCUGGCAGGUCCCAGGUGGGCCUGGGCCUGGCCAGCCCUGCUCUGCAGGCCGAGAAGUGGACCCAUGCCAGGCAGCAGGGUACCGUGCCAGGCAUGAGGCCAAUGCUCGGUGUGGGCUACUGAAAUCUUCCUCAUUCAGCCGCUGCCAUGCUGUGGUGCCACCAGAGCCCUUCUUUGCUGCCUGUGUGUAUGACAUGUGUGCUUGUGGUCCUGGCUCCUUGGCCGAUGCCUGCCUCUGUGAUGCCCUAGAGGCCUAUGCCAGCCACUGUCAUCAAGCAGGCAUGACACCUAUCUGGAGGGGCCCUACACUGUGCGCGAUGGGCUGCCUCCUGGACCGUGGCUUCGUGUUCGAUGAGUGUGGCUCACCCUGUCCCUGCACCUGCUUCAACCAGCACGUUCCCCUUGGGGAGCUGGCAGCCCACUGCGUGAGGCCCUGUAUCCCUGGCUGCCAGUGCCCAGCAGGCCUGGCGGAGCAUGAGGCCCACUGUAUCCCCCCUGAUGCCUGCCCCCCGUCCUGCUCACGGAGGUCCCAGCCACUCAACCCUCUGCCCAGCCCCAGCCAGGAUCAGCUCCUGGCUCCACCCUGAGGUAGGAAGACACCUGGCCAGGACUCCUGGUGCCAGAAGUCUUCCCUUGGCAAGCAGCAGCCACCCCAGCCAGAGCUGUGGGGACAACGCCCCACUCGGACCCUGAGAGCCUGGGCUUAUGUCCUGCAAAGAAACAUGGCAGUAAACUCUGG